UGCGCCGGUGCGCGACCCGGCGGCGCCCUCUGUACUGGUCAACCGCGUCAGCUACCCCGCCCAGACGGGCGGCGUCGGCGCGGUGGGUCACGGCGCCUGCCUGUCGGCCUCCGACCUGGACCGGGUCACCAUCUUUAUCUCGGAGCUGUGCAUCCGCGGCCUGCUGCCGCACGUGGAGCGCCAGAUGCGGGCCCUCAGCGAUGUCGUGAACAACAGGAAGGGUGUCAGUCGCUCCCUGCUCAGCGCCACCAAACGCUGGUUCGGCGGCAAACAGCCCGGCUCGAGCGCCGCCGCGCCCGCCAACAGCGUCAUAUACAGCCACGAAGCUCCUGAGAUUCAGGUGCGGCGGCUCGGGGACCUGGCCUUCAUGUUCGGCCACUAUGACCUGGCCUACCAGGCGUAUCACACAGCGAAACGCGACUUUAACGGCGACUCGGCGUGGCUGCACUUCGCCGGCGCCGUAGAGAUGGCAGCACUGUCGGUGUUUCUUCACGGCGCCCAGGGCAAGGCGUUCCCGCAGCAUUACCUGGACCAAGCCGUCACCACCUACCUGGACACGUGCAGGAUGCCAAAUUUCGCGCUGCGUGCCACGCUCUUCAGCACCGAGUGUCUGAAGGACCGCGGACAGUUCGCGGAAGCGGCCCUGCAGUUCAUCCGACUGACGGCGGAGGACGCUGACCUCAGGUCGGCGCUGCUGCUGGAGCAGGCGGCACACUGUUUCCUGAACACACAGCCGGCCGGCCGGCGCAAGUACGCCUUCCACAUGAUCCUCUCUGGUCACCGGUUCGCUAAGGCAGGCCAACGGCGCCACUCCCUGCGCGCGUACCAGCAGGCGCUGCAGGUGUACGAGGGCCACGGCUGGCGGCUGGCCGACGACCACAUCGCCUUCACACUGGCGCGCCACUCGGAGACGCUGCAGGACGAGGCGCGCCAGUCGGCCGCCCAGCAGACCGCCUUCGUCAGGGAAUACCUGCAGGUGCACAGGGUAAGCCGACUGGGCGGCAGUCGAGCCGGCCAGCGCCUGGAAAACGUCAUUCAGAUGAGGGUGGCGAUUCGAAAUGAUCUUUGA